UUUUGAGUCAGUUGACUAACUCGUCCACUUUUCCCUGUAAUUAUUGUAGUCAAUAUGAUAGCCGAGGUCGUCGUUGUCAUCGCCCUGUCCGCCGCUGUCUCCGGAAGUGUAAUCCCCGCUGCGCCUGUAGCCCUGGGACCAGCGGUACCAGUGGCCCCCGUAUUGAAACCCGUCCACGAAUACGAUCCCCAUCCGCAAUACACAUACGCCUACGACGUUCAGGACGCACUAACCGGCGAUUCCAAAUCCCAACACGAAACUAGGAACGGAGAUGUCGUGAGCGGAAGUUACAGCCUCAUUGAAGCCGACGGAACCCGACGAAUCGUGGAGUACACAGCCGACCCCAUCAACGGAUUCAACGCCGUCGUCCAUCGGGAGCCAGCGGUCGUUAAGGCCGUAGUACCGGCGGUCGCGCCCAUCGCACCCGCUUCGGCUCUCGGCUUCAGAUUUUGAAUGACAACUUCAUAAUAAAAAAUUCGGUGCCGAGUUCCUACGCAGUAGAAAAAACUGGCCGUUAAUAACUCCGUAAGGGGUUAAUCCCCCCAUGAUCAGACCGACACCUCAUAGCAGUUCAAUUCAUAUUCGAUGAGAGCGACACAAAAAGCCAGAUAUGGGCGAUCCAUUUUAGGCUUGAUCACCAUUUUUUGGCCCUCAUAUACAUUUUCCUGGGUACGUGGUAAUUAUCAUGUCCUUGUUGACACCCCGACGGUGUCAAUUUUCACCUCAUUCAUUACUCCUUUCCGAAAUCAACGUACACCUUGCGUUCACGCCAAAAACGGUGACUUGUUCUCACUCCUUUUGGUGUGGACGCAGAGACGAAAUUCACUCAGAAUUUUUUACCGUGUGGUACACUGAUUGGAGUACAAUUACCACCAGAUUUCACAUGGCGUCGUAAGGCGUAAUUUCGCCGCCGGAACUCUACACCAUAUUUUUACAAUGUAUUAGACCAUUCAUUUGACUAGUCCUAGUUACAUAUAUUGACAUUUGUACAUAUUAGAAAAAAUAAAAGUGCAUAUUUUUACGUUAAUAGUGGACAAUAAUGCU